AUGGCAAACGGCAAAGCUGAGGGCAUUCGUGCUUUGAGCUCUGAAGACGUCCAAAAACGACUCGAGAACUACGACAAGAACUACCCGUACAGCAUUGGCCCUUUCGUUCUCGUCAUCUCUCUCACGGUGAUGGCGUUAAUGGUGCUCUUGCUGAGGUGGUGGCUCAGUUGGCGGUACCACGGCCGUCUUAUGCUGGAGGACUGGUUGAUGCUGCCCGCAUCAGUAUUUUUGUGCUGUCUCACAGCAAACACAGCCGUGGGCAUUUCUACUGCUGGUCUUGGAAAGCAUAUUUGGCAAAUGACAUAUGAAGAAACUGUUCGAGUGCUACCGGUAUUAUACAUCCACAUGCCCGUGUACAUUAUUUCGACUUUCUUUACGCAAAUGUCCAUCCUCGCCUGUGCACAUCGCAUCGUCGGCCACGCGGCAUCUCCUUGGCUGCUCUGGCUGGUACGGCUUGGCUUCUUGCACUGGAUCAUCUGGCUUCCAACGACGUUGUCAGUCUUCCUGACCCAAUGCCUCCCGAUACAAUCCAAUUACAACCUCAGCAUGCGAUUCGAUCCCAACACGAAAUGCAAGAGUUACAUUCCCGUCUACGUCAUCGUUGCAACUAUCCACGUCAUUGUCGACUUUGCCAUUCUUGCAGUACCCAUGUUCUUAGUCCUCAAACUGCAACUUCCUGCGCGCAAGAAGAUUACAGCUUUGGCAUUAUCUUCCCUAGGCUUUCUAGCAGCUUCGUGUUCUAUUUUCAGAGCGGCGUUCGCAGUUCUGUAUUCCAAAACGACCGAUAUCACAUUCAUCGCGUCGUGGAUAGCCAUCUGCAGUCAUUUGGAGAUAUCUCUGGCCAUCAUCGCUUCCGGCUUGCCUCGCCUCCGCCAACGAUUUUCUUCGUGGGUCUCUACUGCGAUGGUACCUAUUUCGGACAACAGCAACAGGCCACCCAAACAUGAUGAGUCCAUAUGCCUUCAAUUGAAAUCCAAAACUAAACAUGUUUCUCAUCAUUCAAAGGAUUUUGACAAGGCGAGUCAGGUGUCGGGCGAAUCCGAGAAAAAGGUUUUGAAGAUUGAGGAGGACAUUGGGUUGGCAAUGUAA